AUACACUUUUAAUUAUCCACGAAUACACUGACAAUUAUUUUUAAAUGCACAAUUAUAAAAUCAAUGAAAAUGAAAGAACAUUUUGACAUUUUUAUAAUUUUUGUUAAUUACGAUUAUACAUUAUUAUUAUUAUUAUUAUUAUUUUUUGUAAUUAUAAGCAUAUUUUUUCCAGUUUGCCUCUCAUUCCCUCGCUUUUGGCGGUUCAUCUACAACGUUGCUGCUCCUUCUACACAGGCAAAUGCUACAAGUAUUGAAGAUAGGUUGCUGCUAUUCUCUCAGUCUCAGAAACCUUUUUUGGGGCUCUUGAUGCUAUAGUAUUGCAGUUGUUUCAAAGAAUCGAGAAAUUGAGGGGCUGUUUUCUGUAAAAUUGAGAGCAAUGGCUCCGAAAAGACGGCUUUCGAGUUCCUCCGCUGCUGCGAAACCGAGUGAAGUUCCGAGCGUUGAAUCAUCUUGGCCUGGGAAAGCCACUGCCAAGGAGAGUUGUGAAAGCGGUUUUGAAGAUGAUGUGGAUGAUAUUGAAAGUGUAACGAAAAUGACUGUUCAACAACUCAGAUUAAAGCUUAGGAGUGCUGGAAUUCCUGCUAGAGGUUCCAAGCAUGAGCUUGUCUUGGCCUACAAGAGUUUCCUGAAUGACACGAAAAAUGGUAAUGGAUCCCUGGAAGUGGAAGAUCAGGUAUAUCCUGAAGAGAAGCUUUCAGAUAUUGCUGAAAACACUUCAAAGAGGAACUCCAAAAGAGUCUCAACUAAAGAUGUCCUAAGUAUAAAUGUUGCUUCAGAAGUUUCUCAAAUUAAAAGAACUAAGAAAAGAGUAGAGCAAGAUCCUAUUGAUAUUAAAGAUGAGCAACAAAGAAAGGAUCAAGAACUCUUGGUGGAGUCCAAUGUGGUGGGAGGUAAGAGGAAGGUACAAGCUAAAAAGAAAGUCAUUUCUGAGAGUGUUAAUCUUUCUGUAAAUCAUGAUGAACCUUGGACAAUUUUUGCUCACAAGAAGCCACAGGAUGGGUGGAUUGCAUACAAUCCCAAAACUAUGAGGCCUCCUCCUCUUACUGGUAGUCAUAAAGCUUUGAAGUUAAUGUCAUGGAAUGUAAAUGGCUUGAGAGGUUUGCUGAAGUUGGAGAGCCUUUGCAUAAAGCAACUUGCACAAAGAGAAGACUUUGAUGUUUUGUGCUUGCAGGAGACUAAAUUGCAGGAAAAAGAUGUUCAGGUAAUUAAAGAGAGUCUUGUAGAUGGAUAUGAUAAUAGCUUUUGGACAUGCAGUGUCUCUAAGCUUGGAUAUUCUGGUACUGCUAUCAUUUCUCGGAUUAAACCACUUUCUGUAAAAUAUGGUCUAGGCAUCAUAGAUCAUGAUUCAGAAGGGAGGCUUGUUACAGUGGAAUUUGAUGAUUUUUAUCUAUUGACUGCAUAUGUUCCUAAUUCUGGUGAUGGCCUAAGACGAUUGUCAUAUAGAACCACACAGUGGGACCCUUCUCUCAGCGAUUAUGUUAAAGAAUUAGAAAAGUCAAAACCUGUUAUUCUAACUGGUGAUCUGAACUGUGCUCAUGAAGAGAUAGACAUCUACAAUCCUGCAGGAAACAAAAGAAGUGCAGGUUUUACAGACGAGGAAAGACAAUCGUUUGAAACAAACUUCUUAAAGAGGGGAUUUGUAGACACGUUUCGGAAACAGCAUCCAGGUGUUGUUGGAUAUACUUAUUGGGGAUACAGGCAUGGAGGACGUAAAACUAAUAAAGGAUGGAGGCUUGACUAUUUCCUGGUAUCAGAAUCCAUUGCGGACAAGGUUUAUGACUCAUACAUUGUCCCAGAUGUUGGUGGCAGUGAUCAUUGUCCAAUUGGACUAGUGCUAAAGCUUUAGAUGUGGGAUCCAAUCCUGAAGUUCAAGUCAAUUCCGAUUCUCCUCUGUUAGUAUCGCUCUUGAUGGGUACAAAUCCAGAAAUGAUAUUGAACUUUUAGAAUGAAGCAAAUGGGAAGCCAUGUUUUUGUUUUUGUUUUUGUUUGUUUUUUUUUUGUUUGGGUUCCCCCCCCUCCUCUCUCCCUGGGCUUGCAAUUUGCAAUAUGCAGUUUGUAGCGGGCAUCCCAGGAACAACUAUGAUCUUGCACAGGCAAGCAAAUCGGUACCAAUAUUAUGGGUUAAUAUCAAUAUAUUUUAAUAUUUUGCAUAUUAACCCUAAUUUUUCAAGUUUUCAGACAACCAACCACUUUGCCAUUGUAA